AUGCCCGACGGCCAAACCCUCUGGGAAACCCUCCAAUACAAGCUCAGCAAAUGCUCCUGGAUCCCAUGCACCCGCGAUCCCGACAAGCAGCGCGACACCCUCAUCUCAUUCCUCAAUGUAGUCGGACGACCCGAGGACCCGCACGAAUGGGACAUUACCGAAGCCCGUCGCAAGGUCCAUGAAGGACUCGGCGGAGAGAAGCUCAGAACCCAGGUAGAAAACACGAACGAGUGGAAGAAGGCCCAGUUUGCCCGGACCGACCAGCUGCUCUCUCAGCUAGUUCAUGACAACCUCCUACACAGUCGGAUUAAACCUAAGACUGCGUUCGCCCUUAUAGAGAAGAACGUGCAACGCGUGACGUACUUUACGAUGAUUCUGAUUCCCUGGAAUAUUCUGUUUGAUGAAUUGACUCGGCCCCCGUUUAAUGAGGAUUAUCUGCCUAUUACGUGUUAUGAACCGAUUUGUUGGCUGCUGGGCUCGCUGUAUCGUGAGUAUGCUAAGAGUGAGUAUUUUGCCUGGUCCCCGGUUAGGUUUGCAAUUGCGAGGGCGCUGGCCAGUCCGGAUGAUGAAUUUUAUGAGUUUGAUUGA